AGCGAACCAAAUCAGGCCGUCUCACACUACUUGACCCGAUUGGCAAGUAGACUGUCCCAAUUCCCACGUAUAGCUGAGCUCCAAACCUUCAACUCGCAAGCCGCUGAACGCAAUGAAGUGCCCGUACUGCUCAUCGGCGCAGGGACGGUGCGCUACCACCAGCUCCGGCCGUUCCAUAUCGGAGUGCGCAUCGUGCGGCCGCGUGAUCGAAGAGCGGCAAUCGCAGCCCCACCACCUCUUCCACCUCCGCGCCCAAGACAACCCUCUCCUCCUCGUCACCUCCGACCUCCCCUCCCUCGACCACCACCACCACGACCGCGACGGCGAAGAAGAUCCUUUCGAGCCCACCGGCUUCAUCACCGCCUUCUCCACCUGGUCCCUCGAGUCCAGCCCUCUCUUCCUCCGCUCCUGCCUCUCUUUCUCCGGCCACCUUGCUGAGCUUGAGCGCAUCCUUGAAUCUUCUUCUUCUUCUUCUUCUUCUUCUUCCUCCUCUUCGACGGUUGUGGUCGAUAAUCUGAGAGCCUACAUGCAAAUUAUCGACGUAGCCUCGAUUCUGGGCUUGGACCACGAGAUAUCCGACCACGCGUUUCAGCUAUUUAGGGAUUGUUGCUCCGCUACUUGUUUGAGGAAUCGUAGUGUGGAGGCGCUUGCCACUGCUGCUCUUGUCCAGGCCAUUAGAGAGGCCCAAGAGCCCAGGACCCUCCAGGAAAUCUCAAUUGCGGCGAAUGUACCCCAGAAGGAGAUCGGGAAGUACAUCAAGAUACUUGGAGAAGCUUUACAGCUAAGUCAGCCCAUUAACAGCAAUUCCAUAUCAGUCCAUAUGCCAAGGUUUUGCACGCUUCUCCAGCUCAACAAAUCUGCUCAGGAGCUUGCAACUCACAUCGGAGAAGUAGUUAUCAAUAAAUGCUUCUGCACUCGAAGGAAUCCUAUUAGCAUCUCUGCAGCGGCUAUUUAUUUGGCCUGCCAACUAGAAGACAAACGCAAAACCCAGGCAGAGAUCUGUAAGGUGACAGGCCUCACUGAGGUCACUCUUCGUAAGGUCUACAAGGAGCUAUUAGAAAAUUGGGAUGAUUUGCUCCCAUCUAAUUACACUCCUGCUGUUCCUCCAGAGAGAGCUUUUCCCACAACUGUGAUUGCUUUAGGCCGUGCUUCAGCAACUAAAGUUGAUUUAUUCGAAUCAACUCCUUCACUGGACAGAGACAAGCAGCUAGAAAUUAAAGCUAACAAGCCAAACGAGGUCCCAGACACGGGCCAUCAGGUUAGGGCAAAAGAGGAAGCUGAAAGCAGAGGCAACUCCUACGUACUGAACAGACCACCAACACUCUGGCAACCCCAAACUCCACUUGGGACGUCUGGUCCUAGGACAGUAAGUGAAAAGAAUCAGAAUGUUACUCGAGGAACAGACAUUAAUGAGCUGCACCCUAACCGUCAAGAGUUAGAGCAGAAGGCAGAUCAAGACACAAAUCACGUGACCAAUCCCCUGAAGCCAAACCAACUUGCAAAUCCGCCAACUUCAAGUGCAAGUUCUGUUUCCCGGCAGUUUUGGCCCCCCCCUAUUUCCGGGCCUCCAAAUGUUCGAUAUGUUCGGCCACCAAAUGUAGUGUCAGGUUAUUCCGAACAUAAAGGAACUGGGAAUCAAAAUGGAAAUAGAAAUGCCAAUCAGUGUAGAGAUCCGUGUAGGGAUCCCUAGCCACAGAGGCAUAUACUGUCUUGUUUCAGUCGUGUGUUUACCUGUAAUAUACUAACGUUUCCUACGAACUCUUUUGAUUCUCUAGUUCUCAUAGCAGUUCAUUGCCAAAUCGAGAAUGUUUCAUGUUUUAGCAAAUCUCAGGUGUUAGGUUUAGUAGGGUGCCAUUGAACUGAUGAUUGAUGAAACGAAAUUAUCAGUCU